UGUCCUCACUGUCCUCUCACCUGUCCUCACUGCCCUCUCACCUGUCCUCACUGUCCCCUGUGUCUUCCAGAGCUUGGAGGACAUGUCCUCGCUCAUCGACAGCUCGUCGUCCUUCAGGGCGUACCGCGCGGCGCUGGCGGAGGCGGAGCCUCCCUGCAUCCCUUACCUGGGGCUGAUCCUGCAGGACCUAACCUUCGUCCACCUGGGGAACCCCGACACCUUGACCACGCCACAGGGGUCAAAGGUCAACUUCUCCAAGUGCUGGCAGCAGUUCAACAUCCUGGACACUCUGAGGGGCUUCCAGAGGGAGCGGUACUCUCUGGCGCGGGAUGAUGACAUCAUGUCGUUCUUUAAUGACUUCAGCGAUCACCUGGCAGAGGAAGCUCUGUGGGAACUCUCUCUGAGGAUCCGCCCACGGAACGCUGCACGAGCCAAUCAGAGAUGAGCUGUGGAGGAGCAGCGGCCAAUCGGGACUUGGCACAGCUGGAUGCCGCUGGGCUUUAUGGACCUGGUUCUGACCCAGACUGGACCGGUGCCGGCAGAACCCUGUUAGAAGGGGGCGUGGCCCCUUCCGCAUCAGAACGUUUUAUCCACUGGUUCCACCUGGUUCUGCUCCAGAGUCCAGUCAGACGGAACCACUUCUCUAACCAUCAGCCUGCCGACCUCUGAUGGUUAUUGAUCAGUUAUUGAUCAGUUAUUGAUCAGUUGGAACCAAACGGCAGCUCUGAUAAAUCUCAGGUAUUAGUUCCUUCAGAGACGAUUUUUAUAGUUUCAGCUCAACCAUCAGCGACCCGGUACCAGGAGGUUCUGUUCCAGAUGCUCCUCAAAGCCUGGAGUCACACACACACACACACACACACAGCUGGAGACGCGCACACACACACACACACACACCUGGAGACGCGCACACACACACACAGCUGGUGUUAGAGACACACCUGGAGGCACACUAAAGGACAGCUGGACGGUGGAGGACAGUGGGGGACGUUCACUAAUCUCUGUGUGAAUAAAUGGUUUGAGCUGCAGAAUCAGCUGCAUAAAGUGGAA